UGAUUAAUUGCACCAUCAUUCUUUAGGUGGUAUAUUAACAAGACUCACAGCAAAACCAUAAGGUAAGUUUAUGCAUUUUUUCUAACAAUUUUGUGUUCAAAUGAUGAUUUCUUUAGCAUUUUUCUACCUAGUAAAAUAAUGUUUGAAUAAAGAAAAGGAAAUAAAUAGAAUAUUUAUUUCGAUCGUGGUAUUGUUCACAGCGAAGACGAAGACCUAUAUGCCAAAAAGUUAUUUUUCAAAAGAUUUUCGGAUUUUCGAAAAUUUUGUCGUUCAACAAAAUUGUAUGAUACAAGACGUUUUAUCAUCAGGUUAUGAUUUAUACGUGAUUCAUAAUCGCCGAAUUGUUUUGAGACAGAGGUGGUGUGAUCGUAGCUUUUUGGUGGAAAGCGUUGGUGGCCAUUUAAGUCUUGAAUUUUUGCCAACGUUUAUUCAUAAUUGUUUCCAGAGUUUUAAACAAAGCUGACUUUAAUUUGAGGCAAUCUUAGUAUUUUGUACCUUUAUUAAUCGCUCAUGGAAAGCAUUUGUAUGAAAUAUUAUGUUGAUGCAAAACGGGUUUAUUAAAAUUUCCUCCAUUGGUAGACAGAGAGAUCGAACUCAUCAUUUGUUACGUCAGGGGGAGUCAAAAUCUGCUGAAAAUGAUGCACCUGUUCUAUUCUCCGCCAGCUAAACAUUAGGGUACAUUUGAUCGCUUGCAUUGGGAUGAAUUUUUUAGACUGGUGACUAAUAAUUAACGUUACAUGUAAAGACUGGGAUCUUUUUUACAAAAAUUUGUCGCGGGUAGGAAAAAAUGGACACAUUGUGCUUUACGUUGUGACAUAUCCAAUUUUAAUAAUACUCUAGCGAAGUCUGUCAAGUUCACCCACAAAUUUGGGAAUGUCAUUUUUAGUCGCUAUCAUUCACAUAUCGAAAAGGAAAAAAAAUAAAAUGGAAAAUGAGAUAAGCUAGUAGCCUAUUUAUAAGAAAAAAAUUGGCUUUUCAUGCUAUCGAUGAACUAUUUGGAAAAUGUACAAAAAUGAUUCUUUCAACUCCCAUUGUUAUCUCGUUAAUACAGUCGCCAAACGGAAGCACGCAUAUGAUAGAUAAAAACUAGACUGGUCAACUUUUUGCUUAUGGUAAAAACAUGUGUACCGCCCUCUCAAUUUCAGAUGACACGGUAAAUACUUAUUCGUCCGUUAAUAAGUAAACAUGCGGUUAAUCUUCCACAAACUCCUUCCACGAUGUAUAAAUUUCGUCAAUCGUGACUUUUGCCUAGUAUCGUGAUAUAAUCAAUCCAACGUUAAUAUGAAAUAUUAAAGCUGCUUGCAUAAUUUUGAUUCUGCCGUUCGCCUGUUUGGACCUCACAUUUGGCGAUUUCGUUCUUAAGCUUUGGAUGUAUAGAUAAAAGCCGUAAAAGAAACAAAAUUUCAUACAAAGAAAGUUGAAACACCCGUUCAGGAAAACGCUCGGUUGGCAAGUCCGGCAAUGAAUAAUAAUCACAGUGAUAAGCAAACUCGGAGAGAGCUGCAACUUGUAUUAAAAUGCUGCUUAGAAACGAAGCGAUUAUACUUAAUCGAGCUAAAACGAAGACAUUGUCUAAACUUUAUCCAAUUUGCAUUUGGUGAUGUUACUACCACGAAUGUUCAAUUGUAUACUGCGCCAUCGUCAAGUGAAUCAUUUUCGUUCUCUAAAGUUAGUUUACAAAUGCACAUUGUCUGUUGGUCGCAUCUCGAUGACAAUCGCAUCUAUUCAGUGUCAACUCAAUCUUCUAAAAACAAGAGUUCUUAGGCACUUGUCCGCUUUCAGGACCAGUUUCGCGGCCGGAUAUCUCUCUGUCAACAAGUAUAUUUUGGCCAGUGAAGUUACAUUUUCCAUGAGCCGAUUAACCUAACCUAGAUGUCUCUUCCUUCAGGGUUAGUAGAAAAUAACAUAAAAUAACAUAAAAUAUGACCGAACUCACCUAUCUUAAACAUAUGCUACAUGUGAGCUAUACACUUUGUCAUUAAACAAAAGCGGUUAAUAUGAUGCCAAAGGAAACAGCGAAUAAGAAUUAGAAGAAAAAUGAUCAAUAAGAAGAACAACACUGAUAAUGAUAAUGACAAAAAUAUAAAUUAUUGUGAUGACAAUAGUAAUGGUAUUAUCUGAAUUGAAAAGAAACCAAGAAGGAUGUCGUUGUAAAAUUAUAAAAUGUUACGAAGGAUUCUUGAGAAAGUACUGUUUUAGAUCUGUAAAUGUUAAACUACAAGAAAUUUUGAAUUUUUUUCAAAUUAAUCCUGGUGUGAUUGUUCGUUAUUUUCGUUCAUUACAAGAGUACAUGGUUUCCUUUGGUAGGCUGCCUUACUUAUUUAAGUUCACAACCCCAAAAGUAGUUUCACCCUUUGUAUCAAUGUAUCGGCGAUACAUUGAUACAAAGUUCUUGUCAAACCGAACAAUCCAUUUUUUAAUGAUAAGCACUGAUGUAUAGUAACUUCACUUUCUCAUCGCAAGGAGGUCUUUAUAACACGGAAAAUUCAUUUUCUUUUUGAAGUAGGUUGCAUUUCCUUGCCAACGAAAAAGUAAGGUCUAAUUUUUUUUGGUAAAUUUACGAGCAAUUUCAAUGCUGUUCAUUUUAGAUUUUGUUUGUCACUAUUGGCAAUUUCAAAAAAGUAGGAAAACAAAAGAUGUCAUUUAGUUACUGAGUAGUUAAGAGACCAAAUUAAAACUACAUGUAUUCGGUGAAAAGUAUAAUUUUUUACGAAUCAUGUACUCGGGUUAAAACGAGAGUAUGCGGAUAAGUGAAAGAAAACAAUGAAAUCCUAUUCCUUUUGAGCGGAAGUUUUGUGUAAAAUCGCCAAAUUUGUAGAGUAGGUAAAUGAAGAUACAAUUAGUUAAUGACAACCUAAUUUGACUUAUGGCCCUCAGUAUCGUACGUUCUUCUAGAAAAUAACUUAUUUAAUUUUGAAUAAACAAUCCCAUUUGCAGGCCUCUUCAAACAUUCAAACAAAAAAUUUGUCAACGUGUCAUGAUGAUGGGUAACUUUUGUCUUCGAGAAGCGUCAACGUGUUUGGCACUAUUAACUCUUACCAGCACUUUAUGGAAUCUCCCAUUGGUCAGAGGUGAAACAUGCAAUUCCAAUUUGAAGAGUAAGUAGUGUUAACUUCUUUUAAACGUCCUGGUCAAAGAGCAUGUAUAUGCCUAUGUUUUUCUUGUAUGCGCAUUAAAUGAAUGCGUGUAUGUACAGAAAGUGUAAAAUGGCUACCAAAAAAACAGCUCUCUGUCAGAGGAUCCAAAGGUAUCUUCAUCAAAAUGUUUGGCGUGUGUAGAUAAGAAAGGACGAAGAUAAACUCUUGACUGAUCCAGCGUUUAAAUAGACGACGUCUCGGCCUUGAGCCUUCUUCGGGUGGAACAUAAAAAUUAAAAAUUAACACUAAAAAGCUGCAUUCAAAAUUAAAAAUUAAUAUUAAAAAGCUGCUUUAAAACUCUUGAUCGGUCAAGGGUUUGUCACUUACACACACUCGGGUGGAACAUAAAAAUUAAAAAUUAACAUUAAAAAGCUACUUUAAAACUCUUGAUCGGUCAAGAGUUUGUCACUAACACUUGCUAAAUUUGUAAGAUAGAUUUAUUGACAAUCUUUCUCAUAUACAAAGAGAUUGUGCAUUAUUCAUUUUCUUUUAUUAUUAUUCAAUCUCUCCAACUUAGUCAGACCUGUUGUGGACAUCUCUUCAAGUUCAGAAAACAGCACAUUACCCAUUGGUGCCUCCAUUACCCUGAAUUGUACAGCGGAGCCCAGAAUAGAAGAUGCAGUGUAUCUGGAUAGAUAUGUCGAUUAUAUCGAGUGGUACGAUCCACAGAAUAACAAAGUUGUA